CCAACAACAGAAUCAACAAAAUCAACAACAAAAUCAUCAACAGCAGAAUCAGCAGCAGUACAUUGACGCGCCGAGCGCCCUCCGCCUCGCCAAGCGGCUCUACCACCUGGAGGGCUUCCAGAAGGGCGACGUCACGCGGCACCUCAGCAAGAACAACGAGUACUCGCGGACGGUGGCCGAGGAGUACCUGCGCCUCUUUGACUUUGCCGGCCUCUCGCUGGACGAGGCCGUUCGACGCUUUCUGGGUCGCUUUCACCUGACCGGGGAGACGCAGGAGCGGGAGCGGGUGCUCGUCUACUUUUCGAAGCGGUACGCCGAGUGUAAUGAGGAGGAGGAUGACGGUCACAACCUCCAGCGAAGCUUCGCCUCGGUGGACGCCAUUCACACGCUGACCUGUGCGCUGAUGCUGCUCAACACUGACCUGCAUGAGGAGAACAUUCAACGGAAGAUGACCUGCGCCGACUUUAUCCUCAAUCUGGCGGGCCUCAACGACGGCGGCGACUUCUCGCCGGUCCUCCUCAAGGCGCUCUACCACUCGAUCAAGCAGCGGCCACUGGGCUGGAAUGAUGCGAACUCCUCCUCAGCCUCGAUGAUGAGCAGCAGCGCAGCCAAUUGUUCCACCCUCUGCUCCAACGCCAAUCCCUUCAUCGAGCCGCCCAAUCCCGCCGCCUUUGCCAUCGAGUACAAGAAGGGCUACAUCCGCCGGAAGUGCUGCUACGAGGCGAACGGCAAGCGGACGGCGCUGGGUCGGCGCGGCUGGCGGCUCUUCUACGCCACUCUGCGCGACCUGGUCCUCUACCUGCACCGAGAUGAGAACGGCUUUCGAAAGUCGCAGCUGGGGGCGAGCCACGCCAACUCGAUACGGAUUCACCACGCCAUUGCCGCCGUCGCCGGCGACUACCCCAAGAAGAAGUUUGUCUUUCGCCUGGUCACCGCCGACUGCGCCGAGUACCUCUUUGAGACGAGCGACUCUCGCGAGCUGCAGUCCUGGGUGGACACCAUCAACACCACCGCCGCUUGUCUGUCCGCCCCGGCGCUGCCCUCUGCCGUCGGCUCCACCGACGGCCUCUCCUCCUCUUCUUCAAGUUCUUCAUCCUUUCGUCGAGAGCUGCUUCCCGUUAGUCAUACGAAGCUGUCUCUGCGAGACCAACUGGCCGACCAGGAGCGGAAGCUGCUGUCGCUGCAGCGCGAGCUGGAGCAGCUGCUGGAGAAGACGGGCCGCCGGUCGACCAACAAGAUCUACCACCGGGACUUUGUCGAGCGGGAGAGCUACCUCCAACAUGAGGUAACACGAUACCGAACCUACAUUGCCGCCCUAAAGUGGAAGCUGAAGCAGCAGCAGCAGCAGCAUCAGUCAGCGCCCAGCGAAUGCGGCGGAAAGUCCAGUGAUUCUUGCGGCGGCAGCAGCAGCGGCCACAGCGGCCUUUCCUGA